CGUGUUUGUUGUCAAAAAUCAUCUGACGGAUCAAGGAGAGCGAUCUACCCGAGAAGAGGAGGUCCAUCUGUUAGAUUACUAGUUCUAAUUUGCUAUUUCUCAUAAAACGCCUUAAAGCACAUACAAUGCCUAUGACGACGUGUGAGACGGUUGCAAAUCUAAAUUAUCCAAGUUAUGCCAUCGUUAGUAUGACUGGCCGGCAUAUUGUGGUCGGGGGAGGUGGAGGAGCAGCGAAGACCGGAAUCAUGAACCAAUUUGAUGUGUUUGAGCUGUAUCAUGAUGGGAAACAGACAGUUGGAGAGCGAGUUUUGUCCCAUGAUGUUGGCGAUUACUGCAUAACCAACAUGGCCGGUUGGGCAGAGAACCCGAAGUCAGGAAAGGAUGAAUCUCCAAGCUUCAUGCUCUCUGUUGGCUUAGAAGAAAAGUGUGAUCUGAUAAAACUUACACAAACCAUAAAAUCAAUGGAGACGGAGGAAGAUUCAACAGAAGUGCAAGCCAAAAAUGAGAAAGGCCAGCAUAAAGCAAUACGGAAGAGGAGAGGAAGUGAACGAAAUGCAGAAGAAGGGACGACUAUAGCUCGAGAAGAAACUGAAAAGGAGAGAAAGAGAAGAAAAUCUGUCAAUACAACACUACGUGGUGAAAAAUAUUUUUCCUUCAUUGUUGAGAAAAUAUCAUCAACUGAAACAGUUUCCAAGAAGCAGGCUGAAGAAGAACCAUAUCAGAAAUGCUGCAGAGUGUCUGCCGACCACAAAUUAUUGGUAACAGGAGGAACAGAUGGUCAUGUUAGAGUGUGGGGAUUGCCAGGCAUGACCAAAGUGAAAGAUGUAAAAGCUCAUGAAAAAGAAGUAGAUGAUUUGGACAUUAAACCAGAUGGAAAGCAGAACCCCUGCUCGCUGCUAUCGCAUUUUCCCUUUGUCCUGAACACAAGCACCCCCAAGGCACUGGAGGUUUCAGACACAGGAAGGACCAAUCUCAAGCAGAGUUUAAUCUGA